CCACAUUGCACUGAAGUUACAGACACACACACAUUUAUUCUGCAGUCAGCGUGUGUUCUACAUCUCUCUCUGUCUAUCUCUCUUUCUGCAGCUCUCUCUCUCUCUCUCUCUGGUGGAUCUCUGAGACUCACCUGAAGCCAUGAACACUGGGAUCUGUGUGUGUGUGCUGCUGGCAGCGCUCUCCACCAGCAGUUGCCUUGCUCUCCCCACACACUCACGGGACGAUGUUCAGCCUGAUCAUGUAGCCGGACACACACGCCACACCCGUGCAGCAUCACCCAUUGGACAUCUCAGCCUGCUGUCCAAACCAGAGGACAGUGAAGACCCCCGCAGCAGCCUGACUGAACUACUUGCCAGAAUCAUCUCUGCCAAAGGUGCAUACCGCAGAAGUCCAUCUGUCAAUAGCAGGUCUACGGGCACUUCUCACAGAAUAAAGGACAGAGAUUACCUGGGCUGGAUGGACUUUGGCCGAAGAAGCGCAGAAGAGUAUGAAUACUCCUCAUAAGACCCAUUCAACUAAUCACAUCAGUCAGUCAACUUAGCCAAACAUCUGUACAGAGACAGUCAUUUUAAUGAUCUCACCUGUCAAUCAAUCCAUCUGCGAGUUUUAUCACCAACCAACUCAGUCUGAUGUGUUUGUAUAAUAAAGACAAUGCAAUAUAUAAAUAUACAUAUCCAUCUAUACACAUUGUGGCAGAAAUAAACAAGUGAGAACGUCUCUACUGCCAUUAUUCUCAUAUCCUAUGUAUAUAAGAAUUGUCCUUACUUUAGACGUAUCACAGGUGUCUAAGAAUAAAUC